AUGGCGGCCAUGGAGGAGCUGGAGAUCCACAGCAAGUCCUACUUUGUCCGCUGGGUAUCGGUCAAGCCCGCCCACACCAUCUCCUGGAGCAUCCAACCGCACAAGAAGUCCAUCAACUUCGGCAUCUUCAAGCAUCCCGGCCAUUCGGCCGUUCUGGGCUCCAACACCAACUUACCUGCCACCGAUUCCCCCAACGCCGAUUCUAAUGAAAACCUGCCCGCGACCGCUGGCGCUGCGGCCUCGCGACCCAAUGCCUCCGUCAUUGACAAGCUGACAGGCAUUGGCCUUAAGCAGAUCCAAUGGAUCGGCAAAUGCGAGGCCGAACGCAUCUUCCGCGGUACCUACGACGUGCCCGCCAACGAAGGUGGAAACUACGCCCUGGUCUUUGACAAUACCUUCUCCAAGCAACUCUCGAAAACCGUCACUCUCGCCCUGCUCACCUACCCAACCGCCCUCCCACCACAGUCAGUUCCCGUCCCUCAUGCCUCCAGCCACCCCAUACGGUCCGAUACCGCUGAAUCCGGAAAGUCCCUGGCUGCCCGCCGACGGGGCAACAGCGUCGCUCAGCCGCCGCCCCUCGCCAGCGACCCCGACUCGCUCAAUACCUAUACGGGCCUGCUUCAGAAGCGACGGCGGAAGCGCCAUCAGGGCUGGGCGCGUCGCUUCUUCUCCCUCGACUAUACCUCGUCGACCUUGUCUUACUACCACGAUCGGAAUUCUGCCGCGCUCCGCGGUUCCAUCCCCUUGUCGUUGGCUGCGGUCGCAUGCAACGAGAAGUCGCGCGAGAUUUCCAUCGACUCCGGCACCGAAGUCUGGCACCUACGCGCCAACAAUGACCAGGAGUUCGCCGCUUGGAAGCGGGCGCUGGAGCGGGCCUCCGCCCCGUCCUCCAAGACCCCUGCUACCGCGACCGACGAAACCGCCUUGCCGUCCGAGCCCUUGUUACGUGUGCCCUCUCAGCGUGUCGCCCCGAAUCCUGUCGAGGAGAGGGAAUGGGAGCAGGUCGAGGGCCUUGUGAGCAAGGUAUCCGGAUCGCGCGAUGCUGUCCGGCGCCUGGCCAAGGACACUGACCCCAAGUACCUGGGCGGCAAUGUCGCGGAGAGACCCCGCGGUCGCUCGCCCAGCCCGCAUCGCACGCCAACGGACCUGAACGGAGACGAGACUGGGGACGCCAAACGCCCGUUCUGGAAGCGCAAGAAUAGUACGGCCACUCAGCCCGGUGUCAAGCGCACCACGACCAUGGCCUCUAUGUCCUCGCAGCUGGCUGUGCCGGGCGCCUUUGACACGGCGUCCCUGGCGGGCGAUCGCAAGCCCAGCAGUAUCGCCAGCCCCCCGGAUCCCAUGGAGGAGGUUCAUGAACAUCUCAUGGCCGUGUUGCGUGAUCUGGACCAGGUCGUCAGCGAGUUCUCGACCCUCAUCUCCGAAAGCAAGCAGCGACGACACCCUCCCGGCGCGACCGUGCAGGCGCGGCGCAGCUUCGAGUCUGACGUCUCCCAGGAGUUCUUCGAUGCAGAUGACGGUAAAGCGCUUCUCACAAUCAAGGGCGACAGCGACGACGAGGCAGCGGCCGACAAUGCUUCCGACCACACUGUAUGGGAUUCGAAACCCAAGGUGGAAGAAGAACCCAUGGUCAACGACGCUCCCUCUGACAGUGAGGACGAGGCCGACGAGGCGCCUGCUGGACACGAUCAGUACUCGCCGCUCUUCCCCGGGCGCCCUAAAGCGCUCACGCCGCUCCCACUCAGCCCUGUGAAGCGUCGUGCCAACAUCACAGCGCCGACAGUCAUGCCGCCCAGUCUGAUUGGUUUCCUCCGCAAGAAUGUCGGCAAGGACUUGUCGCAGAUUUCUAUGCCUGUUUCCUCCAACGAGCCCCUGUCGCUGCUCCAGCGCGCUGCCGAAGUUAUGGAGUAUUCCACCCUGCUUGACCGCGCAGCCAGCGCCUCCGACCCCGUUGAACGCCUCAUGUACGUGACCGCAUUUGCCCUCUCUCCCAUCUCUAGCAACCGGAUCCGCGAGCGCGCCAUUCGCAAACCCUUCAACCCCAUGCUCGGUGAGACCUACGAGCUCGUCCGUGAAGACCUUGGCUUCCGCUUCAUCGCCGAAAAGGUUUCGCAUCGCCCUGUCCAGCUUGCCUACCAAGCCGACAGCAAAGACUGGAGCCUUACGCAAUCCCCCAUGCCGACGCAGAAAUUCUGGGGUAAAUCCGCCGAAAUCAUCACCGAAGGCAAGAUGCGCCUGACCCUCCACACCACUGGCGAACACUUCAGCUGGGCCCAGGCCAUUUCGUUCCUCCGCAACAUCAUCGCCGGCGAGAAAUACGUCGAACCUGUCGGCGAAAUGGUCGUCGUCAACGAAACUACUGGCCACCGCUCCCUCUCCACGUUCAAAGCCGGCGGCAUGUUCUCCGGCCGCAGCGAAGAAGUCAGCACCAAAUCCACGGACCCCUCCGGCCGCGACCUACCUCUGGGUCUCACCGGCACCUGGACCUCCUCCCUCGAUCUCACCAAGAACGGCAACCCCUCGGGAACCAUCUGGAGCGCCGGACCUCUGGUCCCCAACGCGCCCAAACACUACGGUCUCACGGCCUUCGCGGCGACCUUGAAUGAGGUCACUCCCAUCGAGGACGGCAAACUCCCCGUCACAGACUCCCGACUUCGUCCGGACCAGCGUGCCCUCGAAGACGGCGACGUCGACCAAGCCGAGGCAGUCAAGGUCCAAUUGGAAGAGGGUCAGCGCGCUCGUCGUCGUGAGAUGGAAGCCGCAGGCGAAUCUUGGACACCGCGGUGGUUCACUCCCGUAGAUGAGGCACCGGGAGAUGAAACCGUGUGGCGACUGAAGUCUGGGAAGGAAGGAUACUGGGAGGAACGGAGUAAGGGCGCCUGGACGGGCGUGGUGCCAGUUUUUACGAAGUAA